UUUACUUAGGUAGCAUGUAAAGAUAUCAGAAUGGAAGAAGAAGCACAAAUUAUUUCAGACUCAACCCGAUAUCUUCUUACACAGGGAUCAAUUGGCGGGAGAUGCGAUACCCUGAAGAAGCUGACAGCUCUUGUAAAAGCAGGGGUGGAUGACUCACAAGCUAAGAUAUUACUGACUUGCCUGUAUUGUGCGCUUACUCGUUACGAUGACAGGAAAUCAAUCGCUGCCAUUCAGUCGUUUGUUGGAGAGUGGUGCAAGGCCAACCCAAAACAAGCUGGGUCGGUUGUAACAAAAGCCAUGACACUCGCCAUACCAAACUUGAAGAUUCCCCAUGUCGCCCCCGCUCUUGCCAUGAACGGGCGGGCCCUCUUUGCUACCACCCUCACCGUCAUGACUCACCUCUCCGAAAUGUUCCUAAAGUCCCCCAACGCUCUCUCCAUGUUCCUUGGUAUUCAGAGCGCUGCGUUUGCAGCUACAGCCGGAACUUGGGAGCCCAAGAAGCUCGCAUAUCUGCGGAGUAUAUUCCUGAAGAGUAUCUCUCACAAGACUGAUGUUCUGGAGAAGUAUAUUGACGCUGUGCUGUCUGGUGACGUGUCAGCUUGGACUGUUUCUUUCCUUUCCUUCCUUCUCAUCACAGCUAAAGAGGUCGGGGCCGAAGAGAAAGUACAGAGUGUCCUCCCCAAAGCUCUUGAUAAGUAUGUUGAGGUUAUGUUCCUGGCUAAAAGCAACAUUCACCCACAUUUAAGGAGAUCUGCCAGUGCCAUGUUGUCCCUCAUCUCUCAUGAGAUGUUUUCUGCAAAGAUAAUCGCGGGAAUGAAGAGAGCUGCUUUACGGACUCCAGAGUUUGCAGUCAAUGCCUUCACCGAGGCAAUCUCAGCUCUGACACUCGACCUCAGCAGGUAUGUUAAAGAUUUCCUGGAUAUCUUAGGACCCCUGCUGGCGUCCUCUAACCCACUACUACACGAGGGAGUAGAGCCGUGCUUUGUUGUGGUGUUCGGAGAAGUUUCCGACAGCUCCGCUAUUACUGGACUAGUUGAUGGUUUGUUCAAGAUAUUGGAGGGCUGUCAUGGUAAGAUUGCUGCUUAUCAGCAGAGAGUUAUGGUCAUCAAACUUAUUGGCAAACUCUCCUCAUCUCAAGCCGCAUCAGAGGGAAUUAUCGAACAUGUUAUCGGUAAAUAUCAAGCAUACCUCAAAUCAGAGAGCAACGAGACAGCACAAAUAGAAAGUAUUAACUCUCUGGCCCUGUGGGGUGCUAAGAUCAAAGUUACCGUCGGGAAGUCCACCAUUGAACUGUUCAAACAAGGUUUUAUAAAGGGAGGAACAGCCCACACCAGGAUAGCAUAUCUCUUAGCUGCAGACUCUUUCUUCAAAAAUGAUACCCUAUCUUUACUUGAAUUGUUGGAGGAUUCGCUACUGACAGUGGUGGAUAAGACAGCUUCAAACAACGUACUGUCAAUAGUGGAGGGUUUAGCAGCUGGAGCACUUCUCAUGAAACUUGCUGGCAAAGAUUUGGGAGAUUCUGAGGUUAUGUUGGGAAAAGUAAAGGAGAAACUUCUGUCAAGCACUGUUGUCGGCGCACUUGGUAAAGUUCUGUCUGCAAUCCAUGACGAUGAAGCCAUUGCUUUUGUGAACUUUAUCAAGCCGCUCAUUUACCUUUUCCAAGGUCAGAUUGGAGCGGAUCUGACGAAAUCUCUGAUGUUCACCCUUCUUGACAUAGUUCUAACGAAGACCUACCCCAGCAUCAAAGCAGCUCAGUCAGCUGUGAAGAAGCUUGUUCAGAGUAGCGAGGGUCUUGCUGCUAUUGUCAUUGGUUACCUAAAUUCCAACGUUCUUAACUACAGCAAAACGGACGACAACCCUCAUAGAGCUCUGAAGUUUGUCUACUUCAUCAAAGAUAUCUUCUCCAUCGUGGCAACUUUGAGCACAGCAACCAAAGAGAGGUGUUACAUGGAUGUCCUUCUCAUGAUAAUGUCUCCAAACCUUAAACCGGAGAGUAACGGACUGUUUGAAUACCUCGCCAGUGUUUGUGGUAUUGAUCUGUACAAGUUCGGAGAGACGUACGCACAAGAAAUCCUGGCAAUGAUUCAAGCGAAUCACACCCCUGAGAGCUACAGUCUCGUCUCGCACCUCAGCAAACAUUGCCUCACCCUCAUCACUCCCUUCUUCUCACUUUGUUUAGACGUGUUCGAGAAACCAGCCAUCAAGUGUAUCACUGAGGAGGACCUAGAGAUUCACCGUACUCCAUCAGGAACUCUGUGGAAAACAGUUCUGUUAGAAGAGUUUGAAAAGAGUGUGGUCGUGGACAGAAAUAUCAAACGAGAAUCAAGGCUUUACAAUUUUGAGGAUCAAAAGUGGGCUAUGGAGGUGGAGGCUAAGUUGGCCAAGCAAAAGGGAAUGACACUGACAAAGAAACAGCAAGACGAUUUAAAUUUCAGGCUCGAUGUAGAGGAAGGUAUCAGAACCAAUGUGGAGACCUUGAAAAAGGAUUUCAACCAGAAAAACAACAUCAUGAUGGCCUGUUUGGACGCUGACAUUGUGCACAUCAUGCACAGUAUUGCUCGAAUCUCGUCUGCGACUAUGGAAAUUCUAAAUUUCCCCCUUACUGCAAAGCACGCGAUUGACCUCUUGAUAAAGCUGUGUUUGAAAGUAUUUCCUGCUACUUUUAAGGACCUAGGGUUCCUGCUGGGACGGUUGACAGUACGUCUUCACGAUCCACCGUGCUCAAUAAACCCUGACUGGCUUGGUGAGUCCCUAGAAGAUGCAUUUGUAAGAUGUGUGGAACAGCUCAAGCGCAUGCUCGUAACAGGAUUCACGCUCUCUUCUGCUUCUUUUGCUCUUGCUUUCCCCUUCCUCCGAUACAUCGUAGAAAAAUCCAAGAUGACCUCGGAGGACUAUGAAGAAAAUGCUGUUGUUGCUCUGGAUGUUAUUCUAGCGCAUCUCAAGAAAAGAGCAUCAGCGGAUAACCUGUUUGAUGGUCCCACUUUCAUGCCGAUGGAGGACUUGUUGAGGAUGUCCUGUGCAACGUUCGAGAGAAAACCUAUUGGACCUGUUGGUACGAAACUGCUCUCCGUUCUGCAUGAAGUUUGUAGUGCUUCUAACGGAGAUCCUGGUUGUGCGAUAGCUGGUGAUGGUGAGGUUUCAGUUCUGAUGGACUACUUAACAUCUCCUAACGAUGUGCUCCGAGUAAACAUCCUCCUAGGACUCAAAGUCCUCAGCACAGCUCUCAGCAUCUUGGUUUACGAGAGCUCUGUUGCGAAUACACUCGCUAAUCGGCUCAGUACAGCUGUUUGGAUGUCUAAGUUUGAUGUGGUGAGCAAUGUACAGGUUGCCGGUACAGCUCUGUGGUCCGAUCUUUCCUGUGAGUUUAAAGUGCACGCUGGAAUCUGUGAUGGUUUGCUAGUUCACGUGGUUAGUCCACAGGAACACCUCCAGAUUGCAGCUGGCAAAGCUCUAGCUAACAUCUUAGAAGAACUGGACGAUUCUAUUGAUGAGGUUUUAGAGAAGCUUGUAAAUCUGUACAUUAAGAAAUCUGAUAUUCCCAAACCAAUAUUAGAUGACAUGGGACGAGUAUUGUUUGCAGCUCCAGCUGAUAAAUGGGAAGAAAGAGCCGGUAUAGCAGAAGCUUUAGCCUCUAUAGUUCCGUUCCUUGUAAACGAACAACUGUUGAACCUUGUUAGUCUUAUCGUUCCUAGAGGUCUCUCUGACAACUGCAUACUUGUCCAAGCUAAGAUGAGAGAUGUUGGUAUUAAAGUUAUCAACGUGCAUGGCAAGCUUGUCAUUGAUACGCUCCUGCCUGUUUUUGAGAACUACCUAGACAACACUCCCGACUCAAAAGCUACAGAUGUGGUUAAACAGAAUGUGGUUAUUCUGAUGGCAACACUGGCAAAGCAUCUCAAACAAGAUGAUCCCAAAGUGAAGCCGAUUGUUUGCAAGUUGAUGGACUCACUUUCUACUCCCUCAGAACAGGUACAGGUUGCUGUAGCCGAGUGUUUGGCUCCGUUGGUUCCCUCUAUCAAGGACGUAGCUCCACAGCUUAUUCAGAGGAUCCUUUACCAGCUGCUGGAAUCAGAGAACUACGGAGAGAGAAGAGGUGCUGCACACGGACUAGCUGGUCUAGUCAAGGGACUGGGGUUGUUGUCCCUGAAACAGUUGGAGAUCAUGCCUACUCUGAUCGAGGCUAUCACUAACAAAAAGAACUUCAAACACCGAGAAGGAGCCAUGAUGGCGUUUGAACAACUCUGUACUAUGAUGGGAACUUUGUUUGAACCAUAUGUGAUCAAUGUCUUGCCACAUCUACUGGUUUGCUUCGGAGACGGUAAUCAAUACGUCCGAGAAGCCACUGAGAAGGCAUCUAAAGCUAUAAUGGCUAAACUGAGUGGACACGGAGUGAAGCUUGUUCUACCAUCCCUCCUGAAAGCUCUGACUGAUGAUGCCUGGAGGACCAAGGCUGGUAGUGUCGAGUUGCUGGGUGCCAUGGCUUACUGUAACCCCAAACAGUUAUCAUCCUGCCUCCCUAACAUAGUUCCUAAACUUAUCGAAGUAAUGGCUGAUUCUCACACCAAGGUUCAAAGAGCAAGUCAAGCUGCUCUCAAACAGAUCGGCUCUGUGAUCAGGAACCCAGAAAUUCAAGCAAUCGUACAUCUGUUGCUAGGUGCUCUGUCUGAUCCUUCAAAACAUACUGAUAAGUGUCUAAGAGCUCUCAUGAAAACCUCGUUCGUUCACAAGAUAGACGCUCCGUCUCUAGCUUUGAUCGUACCAGUGGUGUGUCGGUCCUUCGAGCAAAGAACAGACACAAAGAAAGCAGCCGCUCAGAUUAUUGGAAACAUGCUUGUUUUAACGGACGAGAAGGAUUUGAAGCCGUACCUUGGUUCAAUAAUCCCGGGGAUAAAGUCUGCUCUUCUUGACCCUGUUCCUGAUGUCAGGCUGUACUCGGCCCGGGCACUGGGAUGUCUGGUGACGGGUAUCGGUGAGAUUGAUGGUCUGAUGGAAUGGUUGCUGGUUACCCUGAUCUCAGAGCAGAGCUCAGUAGACAGAUCUGGAGCUGCACAGGGUAUCAGUGAAGUGAUGGUGGGUCUGGGACCUGAACGACUGGAGAGAACAAUGUCAGAAGUUCUCAUCUGUUUGGAUGAUGAAACUCUGCUUCCUCACAUUAGAGAAGGAUAUUUGAUGUUGUUUAUUUACUUCCCUAUGACAAUGAAAGAUGACUUCGCUGAGUUCAUCGGUCCAAUAUUAACGCCUAUUCUCAAUGGUUUGGCGUCUGAGAGCGAGUUUGUACGACAUACCUCCUACAAAGCAGGACAGAGGAUUGUACAGCAGUACGCAGACUCCGCAAUAAACCUCUUCUUACCACAGCUUGAAGAGGGACUGUUCGAUGAGAACCACAGGAUCAGAUUGGCAUCUUGCCAACUCCUGGGAGAUCUGCUUUACAGGAUUAUGGGUGUCACCGGCAAACAGUCCACUGUGACGGGUGACGAGGACGACAACUUUGGAACCGACGAGACCAAGAGACUCAUCAUCAGUGUUCUGGGUGAAGAGCGACGAAACAGGGUCUUCUCUGGUCUUUACAUGGCUCGAUCUGAUGUGGCUCUGGCUGUUAGACAAGCCGGUCUUCACAUAUGGAAGAUUGUUGUUACAAACACUCCUAAGACUCUGAAGGAGAUUCUGCCUGUGAUGAUCGAGCUUAUCUUGGGAUGUCUGGCCAGUGAGUGCUACGACAAGAAGAUGGUUGCAAGUCGAACUCUUGGCGAUCUUGUCAAGAAGUUGAGCGACAGGAUUCUCCCAGAAGUUGUACCAAUCUUAGAGAUGGCACUUGAAACUGACAACGUCAUUCAAAGACAGGGAGUUUGUCUUGGACUUAGUGAAAUCAUUGCUGCGACCUCCAAAGAACAGGUUGAGAUUUACAGUGACAAGCUAUUGCCAGCAAUUAAAUCAGCGCUCACAGAUCCUGAUCCUGAUGUACGAACUGCUGCAGCUGGAACAUUUGCAGCACUGCACAACGUUCUGGGAACCAAAUGUCUGGACGAGAUACUGUCACCUCUCUUAGCCGCCAUGGAGACGAUAGAGGGUGAGGAAGCUGAGUACCUGAUCGGAGCAUUGCAAGAGAUCAUGCAGGCUAAGAGCAAGGUUGUUUUACCUUACAUGGUUCCCAAACUGAUCGAGAAGCCUGUGAACAUCGGAGCUUUAGCUUCACUUUCCUCAGUUGCUGGAACAGCACUAUAUGAACAUCUGGACACCAUUAUUACUGCUAUACUUGAGGGACUCUGCGAGGUUAAGGAAAGCGAGGUUGAGAAGGAGUUGGAUCAUGCUAAUCUGAUCAUAUCUUCCGUCAAAGAGUUAGACGGUCAUGAGAAUACCCUGGAUAUCUUGGAAGACACCCUGAAGUCUGAGGAGACAAAGAUGCGACUGUACAGUUCUAUCUUGGUUGGAACCCUUUGUAAGAACGAGUAUCUUGAAAUUGAAGAACACAUCACUGUCUUGUGGAAGUGUCUGAUAUCCGCGUUUAGUGACCCUUGCGCAGAGGUUGUUAAGAACUGCUGGAAUGCGUUCAACACCGCCACUAAACGACUUGCUUCAGGUGAUCAAGUGAGACUAGUUCCUGAUUUGAAAAUGUGCAUCUAUCAAGCCAUUGAUCCUAAGAACAGGCGUGAUCCAACAUACACACUCCCUGGAUUCUGUCUUCCUAAAGGGCUAGCCACUGUGGUUGCGUUAUAUCGAGAGGGUAUUCUGAACGGUAGUCCUGAUCUGAAGGAGCAAGCUAUACUUGGUCUCAAAGAGGCGAUACAAUACACGAGCCAGCCAGCUCUGAAACCAUCUGUUGUACAAAUAACCGGACCUUUGAUUCGAGUAUUGGGCGAGAGAUACACUCCAAACAUUAAAACUGCUUGCCUUGACACUCUGUCCCUUCUCAUCGACAAGGUGAAAGUUGCCCUGAAACCAUUUUUAUCUCAACUUCAGACGACCUUCAUGAAGUCACUGAACGACGGGACACGGGAAGUGCGGGAGAAAGGUGUCACAGCUCUCACUAAACUAGUCUCCCUCCAUAACAGGGUGGACAACUUGUUUACCGACAUUCACAGCGGCACCAAGAACGAGAAUCUCAGCACUCGUGAGACAAUGUUUUCAGCACUUCAGGGGACCAUGUUCAUUGGGGGCGCCAACAUGGGUGAGAAUCUAGCUCUGUCUAUCUCGGUGACGCUGUCCAACCAUCUAGGUGCUCCAGAGGAUACUAUCAGAACUGCUAAUGGAGCUUGUAUUGGAUCUCUAGCUACGUUCUUCAAAGAGGAGGAGCUUGAGAAACUGGUCAGAGAUAAGAUUCUUCCUCAGGGACCCAGCAAAGAGAUAAGACACGGUCAAACGCUAGCGAUAGCCGGGUUAUUGCGUUACGCUCCUACUCGUAUGAGCAAAAUGGACCUCAUCGAAGAUUUAACGACAUCACUCCUCAAGUUCAUGGAUUCAGAUAAUGUACAAGUUUGCAAUUCUGCUAACUACGCCGCGGGACGCUUGAUUAUCCAUCUACAGGGAUCAGGCGAAAAUGUGGAGUGUUUGAGCAAAGUGGUGUCCCUUCUGGUCAAGAAUUGUGGUCACGGCUCCAGCAACGAUGUGCGGAGCUUUGCCAACAACAUGGUUCACAUGAUAAAUAUCUCUGGGGUGGAGCCCCUGUCAGAUGAUAUGGUGAAAUCUCUCAUGAUCCCUCUAAUCGACAGCACUACAAAGAAGAUACCAGCCGUCAGAAGUUCGUCAGAGGUAGCCAUUGCCACUUUACUGAGACUCAAGACAACUGAGGAUAUCGCUAAUAGACUCGCACCUUCACUCGAUCCCAAGUCACUCGAGAUUUUCAACAGAUUCUUGCCGUCAGCCAAACGUGUGGCCAACGAAUACAGGACUUAUUCCAGUUAUGAAAAUAAUAUUUUCUCAUUCUUACCGGCAGUGUAGCUGCAUUUUCUUCAAAAAAAUGGUCGCAUUAAUUUAUUGAAGCGUUUUAGCUCAUUCUUGUUUUAACACUGGUUGCUUUAAA